AUGUUAGGCGAAACAUUUCGCGAAUUUUUCAACCCGAAAAAUUUCUACGCGGCUCAACGACCAAUUUUACGAAUGACUUUUUUCACGGGAUUAACUCCCUUCACAGUCUUACGAGAAGGGUCCGAGGUGGUGCUAAAAUGUACCACUUUCGGUUACCUUAACUCCUGCAUUCAUAUCGUCAUCUUCUGCACCUGCUAUGUCAUCGCGUUGGUCAAUCAGGAAAGUGUAACUGCGUAUUUUUUCAGCACCGAAAUCAGUACCUUGGGAGAUUUUUUGCAAAUAAUGAUUGGAUUAGCUGCACUUGUGAUGGCUUUUUUCUACACAAUUUUCCGGCGGAACAAACUGAUUCAAGCCUUUAAAUCAUUGGCCAGAACCGACGAACAUUUCAAGGAGAUUGACGUCGAAACAAACUAUAAAAGUACACUUCUUCAUAAUUACUUGAUUGUUUUUAUUCAGAUCUUUGUUCAAGCUUCAUACUGGGGAAUCUCCUUCACUGUCACGAAUCUGUCCAAUGUUCGACCAAGCGCAGCAGCGUGGAUUUCAUUCUUGUUACCGUUCACUCUUACAUCUAUGAUCAUCAGUCUCUUUCUUUGCUUAGUUAAUCAAGCCAAGCAUCGAUUCUAUUUGUUGAACAAAAUCCUUGGUUCAUUGAAAGAAAUCAGUAUGGAGAAACACCUGGAAAAACGAGAUUCAGCAAAAGUCAUAAAGUUCCAGAAACCACUAGGCAUAUCGUCAGUAUUUUCAAACACGAACCGAUACCUGCCAGAUGUGAUUAAUCGAGUGACGCGUAUUCAGGAUGAACUCUGUGAUGCCUGCAGUGGCGUAGAAGAAUACUUCAAGGAACAGAUGUUAACUAUUGUGACGAUCGCGUUCUUGAUAGUGGUGUUCGAUUCGUAUUACAUCUUGGAGACUAUUUUCACCGAUACGUUUGUGCACACGUCGUUCAGCAGAGUCCAGUUCGUGGUAUUCUUUCUCUGCCAGGCUACACUGCAUGCGUUCGGAGUGCUCAAAAUCGUCUACGUCAGCAGUCGAGCAGUAACGGAGAAUGACAAAAUUGCUGCAAAUGUUCACAAAUUAAUCAACGUGAACAGUUAUGAUGACGAAGUAGUCAAACAGUUGGCACACCUUUCCAUGCAACUUACCCACAGAAAGAUCAUGUUCACUGCCUAUGGGUUCUUCAAUUUGGAUUUCACUUUGUUGUUUACGUUGGUUGGUGCAGCUACCACGUAUCUGAUAAUUCUAGUCCAGUUUACUUUAAACCAGAACGAGCUAUGCGGCCAAAAAUUGAUCAACUCAACAAUCAAGUCGCUGGGAAAAAAUGCAUCGCAUAAUUAAUGGACAACUAUCACAAAACAUUCCUGGAAAAUUUCGUAUGUGUACCAACAUUGUUUGAAAGUAAAUCAAAAGCUGCCUUGUUUGUAUGAGACGCAGAUGCAACUAAUGACACUAAAUUUUAA